AUGGCACGGCUGAGUCUUCUUCAUCCCAGGAGCAGCCUCUUCAUCUCUCCAUGGCUGGAAAGGAGUGUCCUUUCCUUCUCCUUCAACCAAACGGCUUCUUACUGCAGCAGCAGAAGAGCAGGUCGGAUCAAUCAGAAAACUCUCGGCGUAUUCGACAAAUCAGAGGCGUUGGGAAACCAUCUACUUAUGGAGCAAAAAUUCGACGAACACAGGGUGGUUUCACCCUUGUCCUUACAAGUAGUGCUCAGCCUCCUUGCCGCCGGCUCCCGCGGUUGGACCAGCCGUCAGAUUGUCAACUUCUUCAACGCCGAUUCCGUCGAUCAUCUGAAUUCCUUGGCCUCUCUAAUCUCCGACGUCAUCUUGGCCAAUGGUGAUCCCGCCGUUGGCCCUAGGGUGCGUUGCUCCAAUGCCUUAUGGCUUGAUCAGUCCCUUUCUCUCAAGCCCUCUUUUAAACACGUUCUCGAAUCUGACUAUAGAGCAGCUGUGAACCCGGUGGACUUUCAAACCAAGGCUGCUCAUGUGGGGCAAGAAAUCAAUUCAUGGGUGGAAAAUGGGGCAAGUGUCCGAGUUAAAGACCUUAUUCGUGAGGGGUCUCUCAACAACUCAGUCAAGCUUGUCUUUACAAAUGCACUAAACUUCACAGGAGCAUGGGAGGAGAAAGCAAAUCCAAGUAACCACAAAAAAAAGAAGAGGAGAAAGAAAGCAGAUCUAAUCAUACUAAGAAAAGAGCUUGGUAAGAACGAAUACAAAGUGACUGCUCCCUUCAUAGCUGCCAAGAUGGAAGUAAUUGAUACCAUGCUGUUUCAUAAAAUGCAUACGCUUGGACACACGUGUAAAAAGCAAGCUGAAGAAAAGCGUGCUUUCUCCAUGCAUUUCUAUUAUCCUCAUUCAUUUGACUAUGAAUUUUACGAGGAGCCUGAUGUGUAUACAGUGGAUAUUAAUGGCAUAACUACCCCUAUAUUUAGUAUGUCUUCUGAGGUGGAAGCUUCCGAGGUGCUGAGGGCACUAGGGAUGAGAUUGCUAUUCUCUGAAGGAAAACUAACAGAGAUGGUAACUUCUUUAUUUGAUGGUGAAGAUCAGUUAUAUGUUUUUGGCAUAUUUCAAAAGACAUUCAUCCAAGUAAAUAAAAAAGGGACUAAAGCUGCAACAGCCACAGCUGCAAUAGUAAUGUCUGGGCGUCCACCAGAUUUGCCACCUGUGAGAAGAAUAGUUGAACUUCACCCGCCAUGCCUCCUUCCUGCUGGACAAUUUGACUCUGAUGCCUCUGCUAAAACAGAGUUGAAGGUUCAUCAAAUAUUCAGUCGUCUUCCAAAGUACUAG